UUCCUGUAUGUGGCCGACAUAAGGUUUCCCUCCGUGAUAUCGGCAGGAGGAGAUGGCCGCCUAGAGUUCCCGACGUCGUAGCCCAAGGGACGCUGUGACCCACAGAGGAUAUGUCGGAGCGGGGAUGCCUCGACUGGGAGACAGCCCUGUAGUCGCUGGUGCUCAGUAUUGCUACCUCCUCUGCAUACCAGACAAAGUUUCAGGUCUAACUAGCAGUAACACAUAUAUGGAUGGUGGGGUCGCAGUAUGCCCACUCCUUCAACUACCUACACACCACAGGCUGGAGGGAGAAGCAGCACCGGGGGAGUGGAGGGGGACCACACGCUGGCCACCUUCAUCUCCCAUCUCAGCUCCUCAUUCAGAUUCGUCCCAGCCUUCUGCCUGGGCGUGGUGGCAGCAGUAGUAUUCCAGCUGGUGUGGGGCGGCCUCACCCUCACAUCCUUCUUUCUGAAGCUUUUUAUUUAUGUGUCAUUUGCCCUGCUAUGUUUCCUGGCUGGAAGCUUUGUCCUGCUAAUAAGGAAGAGUCCUCUCAAAGUUAGCUGCUUCGACAGAACGCGAAGGCACUCGGCUGCACAGCAGGACUUCUUCAACAAACUGAUGGCUCGUUUUGCUGCACCUCGGCAAGAAUUAAGCCAAAACAGGAGGGUGGUGGUGUCACAUAAUGUGGACAAAGCCCUAAAGGAAGUUUUGGACUAUGCCUACAGAGACUACAUCCUGUCCUGGUACAUUCCCCUGAGUUAUGACAAGGGCCAGUUAUACUCCAUGCUGUCUGAAGACUGGUGGCAAAUGAUCAGCCAAUUGAGAUCCCGGCUGGCUGAGAUCGACCUUGUCAAUGUUGUGUGUUACGACAGCAUCCGAAUUCUGCACACUCACUUCACAGACCUCAAGGCUGCAUCUGCAAGACCAGACGAGUGUGCCCGCCCAUUUCCUCUUCACCCAUGUCUGGUCAAUCCUGACUCUGAGCUGGCCUUCCUCCGCUGUGUUGCAAGAAUAUUGCUGCUGUGUCUGCUGCCAAAAAAGGAUGCCAAGUCUCACACACUACGCUGCUGCCUCACAGAAGUUAUCACAACAAAAGUGUUGAAGCCUUUGGUGGAAGUGCUCAGUGAUCCAGACUCCAUCAACAGGAUGCUGCUGUCUCAGCUGGAGCAGAGGGAGCAGCAGGCUGAGCAGCAGAAGAAAGCUUACACCUACGCUGCCUCCUAUGAAGACUUUAUCAAGCUGAUUUCAACUUCCACAGAUGUCAAUUUCCUCAAACAACUCAGGUAUCAGAUAGUGGUAGAGAUCAUUCAUGCCACAACUAUCAGCAGUUUGCCUCAGCUCAAGAAACAAAAAGAGCGCAAAGGUAAAGAGUCUGCGGCGAUGAAGGCAGACUUGCUGAGGGCCCGAGAUAUGAAACGAUAUAUCAAUCAACUAACCGUUGCUAAGAAACAAUGUGAAAAACGGAUCCGUCUUCUUGGAGGACCAAACUAUGAAAACAAUGAGGACGGAAGUGUGGAUGAUGGAGAGGAGCCUCAAAGUCAAAAGAUUCUCCAGUUUGAUGACAUCAUGUCUAAUCCAAGUUACAGGGAGCACUUCAGAGUAUACAUGGAGAGAGUUGAUAAGAGAGCUCUGAUAAGCUUCUGGGAGCUGGUGGAAACCCUCAAAACGGCCAACAAGAAUGAGGUGCCACAAAUUGUUGGCGAAAUCUACCAGAAGUUCUUUGUGGAGAGCAGGGAGAUUCCUGUGGAGAAGGUACUCCUGAAGGAAAUCCAGCAGAGCCUGGUGGGGAACAGAGGAACUCAAGUCUUUGUGAGACUACAAGAGCAGGUUGCGGAGACAAUGAGAGAGCGUUGCUACCCUUCCUUCCUGGUUUCUGACCUCUAUGAGAAGCUGAUCCGACGGGAGGAGCAGCAGAGCCAAUCUCAGUGUAGCACAGAGGGGAAGGAAGAGGGAUGUCAAGGACUGGAUGCAGGUGAAGAGGUGUGUGAUGAAGGUACGAAAGGAAUCAACGAGCAGGCCAGCUAUGCUGCAACAAAACUACGUCAGCUGUACGACAAGUUGGAGUACAAGAGACAAGCCCUGGGUUCCAUUCAGAACGCACCCAAACCUGACAAAAAGAUUGUGAGCAAACUGAAGGAUGAAAUCGGUGCCAUGGAGAAGGAACAUAGUGAACUUCAGCAACACAUCAUUAGAACUGACUGGUGGUGUGAAAACCUGGGGCACUGGAGGGCAACAGUCACUGCGGCUGAGGCAACAGAGGAGGGUGGUGAGACGGUAGCUUGCUACAGUGUUUGUGUCAGCCUGCUGGAGGGGGAGGAGACCACCAACAGUCGAUGGAGUGUCCAGAGGAAGCUCACCGAAUUCCAAAUGUUGCAUCGUAAACUGACGGAGUGUUUUCCGUCACUGAAGAAGCUCCAGCUGCCCUCACUCAGCAAACUGCCCUUCAAAUCCAUCGACCAGAAAUUUCUAGACAAGAGCAAAACUCAGCUCAAUGCCUUUCUACAGCGCCUGCUGAUGGAUGAGCGACUGUGCCAGUCUGAGGCGCUGUACGCCUUCCUCAGUCCUUCACCCGAGCACCUGAAGGUGAUGUCCAUUCAGAAGAAGUCCUCCUUCUCACUGGCCUCCUUCCUGGAGAGGCUGCCUGGAGACUUCUUCUCUCACACUGAGGAGGACGGCGACGAGGACAGUGACCUGUCUGACUACGGCGAUGAGGCGGAUGGCAGGAAGGACGCUCUUGCUGAGCCCUGCUUCAUGCUCAUAGGAGAGAUUUUUGAGCUCAGAGGAAUGUUCAAGUGGGUCCGCAAGACUUUAAUUGCACUAGUCCAGGUGACGUUUGGACGAACCAUCAACAAGCAGAUCCGAGACACCGUGAACUGGAUCUUUUCAGAGCAGAUGUUGGUCGGCUACAUCAGUGUCUUCAGGGACACCUUUUGGCCCAAUGGCACCUUGGCACCACAUCUGAAGGUCCGCACUGACAGCGAGCGCACUGAGACCAAAGAGCGGGCUCAGCAGAAGCUGCUGGACAAUAUACCAGAUGCACUAGCUAACCUGGUGGGACAACAGAACGCCCGCUAUGGAAUCGUCAAGAUCUUCAACGCUCUGCAGGAGGCUCGUGCCAACAAGCAUCUGCUCUACGUGAUGAUGGAAAUGUUACUGAAGGAGCUGUGCUCUGAACUCAGGGCUGAGGUGGACACCCUCACCUAAACCUACUGAUGACAGGGGUGUGACGGGUGUCCGCACCGUCUCUGCUGCUCUCAGUUGGCUGCCAGAGCUUCGUCGUCUCAUCUGACAAAGACUCGCUCUCCACACUUGAACAAACGGUGUCGUACUUCCUGUUCUUCAAUCGCACUAAACGAGCAGAUGUGAACCACGACUCGGUCAAAGCCCACGUCCCUGUGAAUCAUGGUGGUGGGUAGAGGUCUGUGAAGCCCUCACAGGAGGAGGAAGCUUGAUGUCUGGACUCUCCAUCGCCUCAGUGGGCCACUGAACAUUCCUCUCACACAGCAGCUGAGCAGCUUCGUGUUCCGUGAUCCUCGUCUACGGCUUUUGAUUGUGCAAUAUAACGUCCUGUAAAAGUCAUUGUGAUGAUUUUAUUUAUGAUUGUUAUCAAUAGAUUUUAUUUUUACCAAAAAUUGUUUAGAGACUUUAUAUAAGCAAUAA